ACUGUAAAACCUACCAAAAAAGGAUUAAUCUGCCAGAAUAUUUACAUUUGCAUCAAAAGGAUUAACAGUGGAUUAUAAGAGACCUAACGUUCAGAAUGGAUAUGCUCUGGAAUAAACAGUCUACGAAUCGUUGCUAGAUAGCAAUAUAUGGUCAAAAUGCUACUAAAAAUACUUAAAGAUGUAAUAAACAUUAAAAUGCUAUACAGCCAAAGCGUAUAAUACAUUAUUUAUUAUUUAUUUAUGCAAAAAAAAAAAGGGAAACAAUAAUAACGUAUAACAAUUCAAACAAAAGGAGACAAAAAUCAUCUUCCUUCUUCCUAUUUUCUUCUCAGUAACUUCCUUCGCUACCGUUUAUAUUGUAAACGAUAUCGAAAUAAGACACACGGACGCAUUUUAAAUAAAAUGAAGUUUUGCAGUAUGAAUGGACCAACGGAAUCUGAAGUUGAAAGUAUGCUAAUGAGUCCCUGCUGGGGUCCGACACAGAAUAGCAGCCAAGACCAAUAUCUGCUGGAUGGUCAUAAACUGCUGCUGGAACACGAUUUAGACUCAUUGCCCAGUGAUUCGGAGCAAAAGAAUUCGUUAGAUGUUUUGGAUAACUUACUGUUGAACUCUUCUUCAUUGAAUGCGUUAUCUGAUUUAAAACCGCUUCCACCAUUUACCGGGUAUACGGGACAUCUAUCGAUAAACGGUAUAUCCGGACAUCAUUAUCACGCAAUAGCUCAGAGGCUGCCGGACGAAACUAAUAACAAUUACAUACAAAGUGCCUAUCAAUCGAACACGACAACACCGGGAGUUUUGGGUUCGACCACAAUACAAUUAGCGGCAGCGACGUCUGGUACGUCACCUUUAUCAUCUACAAAUGGGAAUAGCAAUGCAACGGGGUCUUUGGGUUUAGCAAAUAAUCUGAACAAUAGUCAUAGUUCCACAACCGACCACAAUAUAGUAUCAUCGUCUACAUGCCUGCCCGAAACUGUGCUCAACGCGGAUGCCGACGCCUGCCUAAACGAUGUAAAACUGUUUGCCGAUAGUCCAUUAGACAAUAAGUUGUAUUCGAUAGCUGACAGCUGUAUAAUGUCUGCACCAUCCCUUAAUAAUGGUGCGACGACGGGUCUCAGUGAUCAGGGUCCCGAUUCAGGUGGUGUACGAAUAUAUGCGGACGCUAAGGAUCUUAGCGAAUAUGUGGACAUGAACUCUAUAGAUGAUAUAGCGGCUAUUAUAGGCAGUGCGAUAGCAGAUACCACCGUACCUAAUCAAUUGGAUAAAGAUGAAGGGAAUGACACGCGAGGCUCCUGGAUGGACUUGGACGCAUGGUUUAACGGUAACUGUUCGCAACAAGACGGAAAACUGGUGGUAUCUCAACAGGACUCCUUGAAUGACUUUAUUUUACCCCAAUCUCCAGUCCACACUAACUCUUCAACACUGCAAAGUCUGCUAACGCACGGUUGCAUGCCCCUACUGCAGAAUCGUUUGCAGAAUGGUCCUCCGACGAUUAAUAUGAAAAGUGAAACUCCCAGUUCUACCUCAUUUUGUAACGAAUUACCCACGGCAACGUCCAGUUCUGCCAGUCCGCCCGGCUCGGUGGUAUCUACCACCGAUAAUCUCAUGAUCAAUCCGCGUUACCUUAGCAAUCCCCAGCAGUAUCAAGUUUCUAUAUCGGCCAUGAAGUCAGACGGAAUCUGUAGCCCGGAUUUAAUGGGUAAUUUCCCCCACACCACUACAAUCACACCCACCGGAACUCCAAAAACAAAACGGUCAAGAUCCCAAAAGAAGCACAAUAACACUGCAGGCGCGCAACAUCAUCAAGCGGGUCAAUCAAGCAACGGUAAUCAAACAAAUAGCUCGGGCAAUGGAGCGCAGCAAUUGAAUGCCAUUACGUCACCUUCCUCAGUUAAUUUCAACGCCAAUGAUUUGUCUGGAUUGUUGGGCAAAGAAAAACCAGUUCACAGGUGCAGUAUAUGCAAUCGAGGUUUCCUAAACAAGAGUAACAUUAAAGUUCACUUACGUACGCAUACGGGCGAAAAGCCCUUCCGCUGUGAAGUGUGCGCUAAAGCGUUUCGACAGAAGGCCCACUUGCUCAAACAUCAACAGAUACAUAAGAGAAUUGGGCGUGACUGACACGAAAACCCUCUCUCAAAACGACACCAUAAAGGCGAGGUAAUCGAAAAUCUACAAUUCAAACAUAUUAUACUACAACACUCGAAAGUGCUUUGACAGAAUUAAAAAAAAAAGAAAAAUGAAAAAAGACCAACAGUCAAAAGAUUUCUUUCAUAUGAUUACCUUCAUUCAUCUGCUUCUUCUUCUUCUAGGUACAUUUCGAUUGUAUAGUUGUAGUAUAAAUUUGUCACUCGAAAAGUAUAUCGAAUAAAUCGAACAACUAACUGCUCUCCGUCAGUUGUUUGAGCAUUUUUUUUUUUUCGAUAUUCUUUAAACGCGAUGUGUGAUCAAAUUUUAUUUGAUAUCAUAGUUGAGGCGGCUCAGGAAACACCAACCAUUAUUGAUCGGAUAUGGCACUUUAAUCCAUAUGAAAUGCGAAGAAGCUCUUUCCAUAGAGCACCAAAGUGCUACAUACGACCAAUUGGGAACUUUGGUGAUAACCUGCAGCUUUAAUCGUAUAAAAUGAAUUUUAAGCCUAAAUAAAAUCUGAUCACACAAACGAUUUUACUAUUCGUUGUCGUUGAUUGCUUUUGAGCUCUUAGAGAUUUCUUACAAUCAGGAAUGCGUAUAAGAUAAGCAGAAAGUAUUAUCUGAAAGCAUUUCGAGCCACAUAUACAAGCUAGCGGGUCCAUCUACACCUACAAAUCAAAAGUCAUAAAUUUUUUAUUAUCAUUACCUUUUAGAGAAGAGCCUGUAAACGGCCCGAAUUAGAGACACUUCCAGCAUUUCUUUCUUUUCUCUUAAAGCUAAACCGUUCAAUGCUAUUUUGGAUAGUUUAAGCCGUUUGAUGCGACUUUAUUAUUUUGACGACUCUGAAUAUGUCAGGUGAAGAAAAUUUUACAUUUAAAUAGUUUUUAUAGCGAUCACCAAAGGACGAAAAGUAUAUUCAUUUUGUCAAGAAAGUUCACAACACUUUGGUGUCACAACGAGGCGCAUUUUGAAAAAUGGAUAUAAGAGACGAUGACAUAGAUUGUUGCUCUUAAUUUAUUGACCAGCAUUCAAGAUGCGAUAUUAGGUGCGCAAGUAAGUGCUACGUGCUGAAAUAUAUUGCAUUACAAGGCGUACUGGAAGCGUUCACUUCGCCCGUAAUUUUGAUACUGGUCCUUGUACGAUAUAAGUCUCUCAGUUAUUUACAAGCUGCUGUCCUUUAGCACGCAGUAUUUAUGCCAUUAGAUGCUAUUCUGUUGUACACUGAACAAAAAAAAUUCCACUGGAUGUGGGGCGAAAAUGCGAUAACCGCCCGUAAAUGCGUGAAGUACUUUUUCGAAAGCAACUGCCGAGAACUUAUUGAACUACCUUUUAAAACAUUCUCAUAUCAUUAAUAUUUAUUUCUUUACAUUUGUACGUUGAUUGCUUCGGUAUUGAUCAUUAAAACAUACCGCUACGAAGAUCAUUUUUCUCUCCCUCUUCACACGCAUUCUGAUAGUCAUCCAAGUACUGAUCCUAGCAAAUUCUUAAUUGCUUUUACCAAAACCAAAAC